ACCUAGAACCGAGCUGCUAGCUGCUGUAGAUGGGAAGGGAAAGGAGCUGCCUGUGCCUUGUGCUUGCUGCAGUGCGCCAGCGCCACCAGCGACAUAUAUCCGAUCGCGUUUCCCUCUCGUUUCCCCGCGCGUCCCACUGAUCAAUGCCGGGAGUGCAGCGGCAUGGAAUUAUUCAUAACAGCCACACAAGUACUGAUGGCAUGUGUGUGUGUUGGACCAGCAUUCUGCUUUACUCCUACCGUUCAGAAGAGGAAUUGGGUCCUUCUUUUACUUUCUUCGUUGCGUUCGCUUGGUGAAGAACCCAAGACAAGUUUUUCGCGACGAAAUGCAAAGUGUGUGUUUCUUAGUUUUCCAGUGUUUAUAAGUUUAUGGCUGCAUAUCUGUUCACACGCAUAGUAAGACAUCCAAUCCGUCUUGGUUAGUGCUUGCCAUCAUCUGUUGUCAAUGUUACUUGGUUGUGUUUUCCCUGGAGAAUUUUGUUGGUGGUUACUUCUUAUCUGUAUUGACUAUCCUGGCAGUGCAGCUGCACUGUGCGACGAAACAGUUGGUUUCUUAGGCUGGUGGUAGCAGAAGGGACGCGGCAAAUGCGUGUUCAUUACCAGGCCAGUUGUUUGUAUCUGGUAUCUGUUGGAUGAGGUUGCUGUUUUUCAGCUUGUUGAACGAGAUGGCUGCCAGCGAUCCUAAUUUGUAUGAGUUCGAACUGACUUUUAAAUCAUUGUACGAUGCCAAAACUCCAGUGUCCCGUUCCAAAAUCUAUACGAUUACGGAUUUGGCCAUCAAGGCUCAGAAAUAUUACAAGCACGUCGUCAUGCAUAUUGAAACAUUCAUUCGCAAAAGUUCACCCAAGCAUAAACUUCCAGGAGUGUACGUGAUUGAUUCGAUUGUGCGUCUUUCACAACGACAUUAUGGAAAGGAACGAGAUGUUUUCGGCAAACGCUUCGCCAAAAAUCUCGAGGCAACAUACGCUAAUGCAGCCAAAUGCGCUGACGAAGACCGACUGAAAGUGUUCCGCUGCUUCAAAUUGUGGAAAGAGAACGGCUUCUUUGACGAUGACAUAAUUGCGCCUAUUGUCGCCAACAUCCAGGCUGUUGAGUCAUUUGAAGAAAGCGGAGCCGUUAAAACGGAGAAAAACGACGAGAAUACUGAAGUGAAUGUGUCGAAUAUUUCUUCGUCUCCGGAGAAAGAGCUGGUGGAGAAGGAGAGUCCCGUAAAGGAGAAAACGAAGGAAAGAGAUGUAUCGCCAUCCGGUCGUUCCGGUGAGAAAGUCCGCUUUGACAAACGCCUGCUGGAUUUCGAUUACAGUGACGACGAAGAAGGCCAGACAUCGGAGCGCGGUGGCAAGCGAACAGUGAAAAAGGAGAGCGACGAUGAGGACUAUUUUGUGAUGGGGAAGAACGGAAAGCCCGAAUUCUCUGUGGACAAAAUUAUGAUGGGAUUGCGCAAGCAGCGAGGCGGCAGUGAGGAACCUGGUGUGGCGGUGCCCGUAUCGGCGGGCUUGGAAGGAAGUGGCUUGAUGAUGCCGAACGUUGUCUCCGUUGCAGCUUCCGUCCCUGUGUCGUUGCCACCUGAGAAUGCCACGGCGCCAGUAUCCAGUAUACCCGAGAGUACAACGAUUAUCCUAAAAAGUUGUACAAUUUGGAUUGGCCAUUUAACGAAAGGGGUGGUGGAAAUGGAUCUGAAAAGGGACCUUACCCGAUGCGGAGAAAUUAAAACUUUCGACUUAAUACCGUCACGAGGAUGUGCAUACGUCUCAUACGCAAAGCGUUCAGAAGCUGAAGCAGCCCGUGCUUCAACUCGUGAUUUAUGGAAAUCAUUUGGGGAGAAAGUGAAGGUGUCGUGGAGCCCUGGAAAGGGCAUUAAGGACGGCUACAAGUCAUGGGACUGGGAUUCAUUUACCGGAAUUUGCAGAAUUCCUGUUGACAAGUUGCCAUUAAAUGCUAAAGGGUUGGUGGAAGGUUCGGAAUUGGUUGACGAGUCAGUCCCCAGUGCUUUGAAAUCUCGAUUCUUUCGACAAGGAAACUGCGGAUGAUCGAGACAAACCUGGCUGAUAUUUCCCUUCCGGCUGCUCCUUUACCUGUCCUUCCUUUGCCAGUUGUGUCCAGUGUAUCUGGAUGGCAGACUUCUGCCACAAUAGGAUUUGAUCCAAAGAUUAAUCCUUGGACAGCUUUUGCGAACCAAACCAACACACAACUUCAGGUUGGUAACGCUCUGCUGCUCCCCCCGCUUCCUACAGUGCCGGGAUUGCCUCCUGGAGCAGUUGCACCAGGACCCAGACUCCCCGGAAGUGUUCCAGGCAUAAACCCCCUUCUUCUGUCGUCGGGUCAGAAAGGGCCGAAUCCUGGCCCUUUCACUCAUAACAUCAGUGUUCCUCCACCACAACCUGUGUUGGCGAUUCCAUCUCUGAGUAACUCAAUCUCCUCUCUUGUGAAUGUGCUACCCGCUGCCAUCUCCGCGCUAAACGGAGCAUCUCUGCCGACUUCGUGGUCAGAUCCAGCUCCGCCUAAAGUCACACUGCAGAAUACGAAUGAACCUAUGAAAAUUGCCGACCAGAACGCACCAAUUGCUCCCCUGGCACCGUUCCUCGGAGCCCCGCCUCCGUCUGUGAUGGGGGCACCGCCUCCUGCUGGAAUGUUCCCUCCGGCGCCCACGGGACCGGGAUUUCAGCGGCCACCUCCUAAUUUCCGACCGCCGCUGCUCGCUCCGCCGCCCGAUAUUGCGGCGCGAUUGGCAAUGAUAACACGAAUGGGUAAUCCCAAUGCGGGAAACCCAGGCAAUCUCUUUGGAAAAGGGCCCAGUGAUCAGAAUGGCGAUGAUAAUCAGCAGCAUCAUUUCAAACCGCCCUUCCGCCGCACUGACAGCUCUCCGGAGAAGCCGUGGAACAAUCGACAGCAGUUUCGCCAGCCGAAUAAUAGCUUCAAUAAUAAGCGAUUUGAUGGGCCGCGAUUUGAAAGAGAUCAGCGUGGCGACAGGAAUUUUUCCAAUCAAGGUGGCGGACGAUUCAAUACAUCCAGACCUUUUCAUGGUCAAAGAGGCUUUAAUCCAAGAUGAAUGCACCACCCAUUGCGCAUAUACGUUAUUGCCCAGCGUGAACUUUGCAGUUAGAAUGGGUUGUAGUCAGCGUUUGUUUGUUGCGCGUUGAUUACGUACAAUUGCUAUGAGAUAAUAAUUUUGUUUGCACCCAAAUUUGUUUUUUGCUUGUAUUUAUUAUUCUGCUGUUGAGGAUGACACCAUAAUUGUUACAUCUUCUGUUUUCGCUCACACCAAAGGUAAUUUCAUUUUGUUCUCUGAUCGUCGUUUUAAAUAAAUGCAUGCAGUCCAUCGCUUGUUCAAUCUUUUAAUUGACAAUCAUGUUGCAGUUCUGUAUUUAAACUGUAUAAACAUGCGACAGUA